GAAAUCAAUAUGUGGCGGAAUUCUUGAAGAGUUGCGUUACACUCUCUGUUUGUUGCAUCACAUUCCUUGAACCCUGUAAAUGACGAUUCAGAAUAUUUAGAAAAUGACCAGCACUUGGAGUAGUUUAUGUCUUUCCCACAUUUCGAAGCAGUUAAGUGAGGCGUUUAGGAAAUCAGCUUCGUUUAUGAUUUCCACCUCUGCCAGUUUGAUUAAUAUUUACUACGUCUUAUCUCCUGGAGAAAUUCUUUCUACUCCUGUGGCUUCUGUUUAUCAGCAAAUGGUAGAACAAAUGCAGGAUUUAAUCACACGGGACACGGCUUUAUUGUAUCCUCUUCCAAGAAAACAGUUUUUGGCUGAGUCAUGGGUUACAUCUGGAAAGUUGUUGGUGAUACUCGAAUCUUCAAUCCUUGGUGAGGGUAUACUAAAAUUAGAUUUUCAGAAAGACUUCGAAAUAGUAAGUGGUUGUCAGCGAUAUUAUUGUGUAUAUGCAUGUGUAUGUAUAUGUGUACUUCUCAGUAUCCAUGUUUGACUGAAAUGUUAGGGCAGAACUUUUCACAAAGGUACAUCAUUUGGAGUUGGUAUGUUUCAGAGAGACAUGUAUAAAAGUAGUAGAUUGAAAUGUAAUGAAACUAAAAUGUUUGUAAAAAAGAACAGUUAGAUUAAGGAUAAGGAGGACUUUCAAAAUCUGCAUGAUAAAAAGUGAAUACAUCUGCGCUAGUAGGAACGGCUUUGAUCUAUGUUAGCAACGUCUGAUUCUUAACAUCCCUUGGACCCUACUCAGGUUGUCUACAUCCCUUUAUGUAGCUUUAAGCAACAGUCAGUAACUUAAUGGGUUUGUACAAGUGUUUUUAUUUGCCCAUCCCAAACCUGUUUCCAGCCUUAUCCAAUUUCAGAGAAGCCACAAUUGUGAGAGAAGGAUUAUUUAACAAACCCAUGAAUUUCGGUGGGAUUCAUCAACCGAAUAGCUUUGGAAACAUGAUUAUUUCUAAUAGUUCAUUUGUUUAACGUACAUGAUAGCAACAAUUAAGCAAUUUAGUAUCAGGCUCGACAGAUUAAUGAUCGAUAAAAGGUCAGCAAAUACUUAGCAAAUGGUGGUCGUGCUUUGUUGUUCUUGAAUACGUUUGGAGUCUGUAGUCAGUCUUCACAAAGUUUGGCUCAUUACGCGAAAUCUGCGAAUGAUUGUGUGCUUAGUUUACCUAAAGACAAUGAUUUAUCUUGGACAUGGAUGUAUAAAAACUCGGUUCUGAUAGGUGGAUACCAUUUAAAAGAGGAGAGUAGUAAUGUGGACGAAGUUAAUGAAUGUCAACCUACAGUUGCCGUUCUCACAACUGAUUGUUUAAGAAGCAGUUCAAAUCACUUGAAAAGCGCUUUGAAUCUUCUUGGGAUUCAGUGUGUGUCCAUUGUGAAUGGGCGAAACGAUAAGGGCGAAAAAUUGUUGCCUACAGCUUAUGUACCCAGUAAGAAUAUUUUGUACUCUUUUUCAACAGAUUCAUCGAAACAGAAGAUUGUUGAAUUUCUAACUGAUGAAUGUGUGAAAAGAAAUUAUAAGGAAGAAAUUAUUUACUGUUCCAACGUGUCUCAUCUCCCAGUAGGAUUUAAUUGGACAGAUUACUUUUCAAAUCUUCAUACUGAGCAGUUGGGCAGAUUAGUUAUUUGGGCUUAUUCUAUGCCAUCUAGUUGGGAAUUUUGUCAACGAUUCUUUGAAAAAAUUCCCCCGAAUUCUGGACUUUUGGUAUGCUCUGAUAUUCAGACGAACGGAAAAGGCAGAGGUGAGAAUAAAUGGAUUAGUCCUGUUGGACAGGCUGCAUUUACAUUCCACGUAACACUUUCCAAUUUCACUGAUCGAAUGUUUAUGAAUUAUGUAACUUGUAUGCAGCAUAUUAUUGCACUGAGUAUAGUUUUGGCAUGCCGACAUCUAAUUGCUGAACAUUUGGAGAAAAUUUCAUGUGAAACAAAGUUUUCCGAUAUUAACGAGGAAUUUCUUGUUAAUCUUCAAUACAAUGGGCCUAAAAUCCUUGUCAAAUGGCCAAAUGAUAUAUAUGUUGUAGAAGAUUAUGAUGAUAAUAGCGAAGAAACGAAUCUAAAGCCUUUUCAGUUUAAUAUCAUUGGCAAAUUGGCGGGUGUAUUAGUUCGUUGUCAUUUAGUCGAUUCGAAUCAUGCAGAAUUUUUAAUUGGUUGUGGUAUUAAUGCAUUCAAUGAAGUGCCUACAAUAUGCCUAGAACAAAUUUUGACUCACUCUCAUCCGUGUAAUGCAAAACCAAAAUUUACAACUGCUAAGUUGAUUUCACUGGUACUGAGCUACAUGGAGAGAAUAAUGACAAAAAUCCAUAAUUCUGAUGCAACCUAUGAUCUUCAAUGGGCACUUCGUUUGUACACUAGAUGUUGGAUCCAUACAAAUCAGAAAGUGGGACUUCAAGUUAAUUCAACUCUAAGUACAAAUAAUGCCGGAGAUCUGUCUGAAGAUAGUUAUCGUAUUGUUGGCUUAGAUGCUUAUGGUUAUCUUCUCAUUGAAGAUACACGUACAGGUGUUGAGCACAGUCUACAUCCAGAUGGUAAUUCAAUGGAUAUGAUGCGUGGGCUGAUAAUAGCAAAAUGAGUUUUUUUCUCUUUUUUUUUAAACACACUAGUCCAACUAUCUUUUUUCCCCCUUCAGUUCCAGUGCAAUAAUAACUUUAUAGUGGGAUCUAUUUUCUUUUUGUAUAGUCUUCAAUGUAUUCGAUAUGUGUGCUUUUUUGUACGUAAAUGAAUGAUCGUCGCUACUAUUUUGUGCACACAUUUAUAAGUAUUUUUGAUUUCUGAACUUUUUGUUGUUGUUUAGUUAUAUUAUCUUGGCUCACUACUGAAUAUAAAACGUACAUUGAUGAAUUUAUAGACUGGAUUUUUUUUCUUUUAGGGGAAUAUAAUCUGUUAAAAAGUAUA